UUUAAAAGUAGUUAUAUCGUGUUCUUAAAUUCAAGUGAAUAUUUUUGUAUUAUAUGACAGUUUAUAUUCAGUUAUGAAACCCGUACGUGGUAAGACUCCUAAGAAGCCUCCACCAAAACCUCCAAAAAAUACAGUAAAAGACCCAGUUGAAGUAUACUGUCGUUUACGUCCACUAGAAAAUCAGAAUGACUUUGUGUGUGUGACUCCACUUAGCAAUACUGUUGUGCAACUAGUACCACCAGGUGGAUCUUUAGCACAUAAAAACAAUUCAAAGGAGAUUCAGUAUACCUAUAGGUUUGUGUUUGAUGAAAAUACCUCUCAGAAAUCCUUAUUUGACAAUGUUGCCUUACCUCUUGUAUCAGACCUUGUCAGUGGCAAAAAUGGUUUACUCUUUACAUAUGGAAUUACCUCAUCUGGAAAGACCUACACAAUGACAGGGACUCCACAGGAUGGAGGAAUUCUUCCACGAUGUUUGGAUGUCAUAUUUAACAGCAUCAGAGAUCUUCAGGCUCAAAGAUGUGUUUUUAAAUCUGAUAAGAUGAAUGGUUUUGAUGUCCAAACAAAAGCUGAAGCAAUGGUAGAACAAAGUCAGUUGAUGACAAUGACUCCUAAAACACCAAGAGCUAAAAGACGAGAUGCAGAGUUUGAAUGGGUUCAACGAAUACCAGAUGAAACGGUCAUCAAUGUUGUAGACCAAGACAAUGUCUUCUCUGUGUUUGUAUCAUACAUAGAGAUUUACAACAAUUAUAUCUAUGAUCUGUUAGAGGAUGUUCCUAUAGAUCCCAUAAGACCAAAACCUCCACAAUCUAGGAUCUUACGAGAAGAUUCUAACCAUGAUAUGUACGUGUUUGGAGUUACUGAGCUGGAAGUUAAGUCUUCAGAUGAGGCUUUUGAAGCCUUCUGUAAAGGUCAGCGGCGUAGGAGGGUAGCACAUACUGCUUUAAACACAGAAUCUAGUAGAAGUCACAGUGUGUUUAAUAUACGAUUGGUCCAGGCUCCUCUAGAUUCUCAAGGUGCUGAAGUUUUACAGGAUAAAGACCAGCUGAGAAUUAACCAACUCUCCCUGGUGGAUUUGGCAGGAAGUGAAAGAACUGGUCGCACAAGAAAUACAGGAGAUAGACUGAGAGAAGCAGGGAAUAUCAAUACGUCACUUAUGGCUUUGAGAGCGUGUAUAGAUGUAUUACGUGAAAACCAGACACAGGGCACAAACAAGAUGGUACCAUAUAGAGAAACAAAACUGACCAACUUAUUUAAAAGAUUUUUUGAAGGAGAAGGUAAAGUUCGAAUGAUAGUUUGUGUCAAUCCUCACGCUGAUGACUAUGAUGAAACACUUCACGUAAUGAGGUUUGCGGAAAUGACCCAAGAAGUAAUGGUCAGCCGAGCCACACCUGUUCCUAGUACUCCUGUGUCUCUUGGUCUCCGGCCAGGAAGAGGAACACUGUACCGUGAGGCUCUUCGCAAAACUAAGGAAGAAGGAGGAAACCUACAAGAACUUUUAGCUCCAGGUGUAUAUAGUCUUGGCCCACCUUUCCCAGACAUAAUGAACUAUGAUGAUGAGGAAUCCUUUGAGAGUAUUAUCCAAGUCUUGAUUGAUAGAAAAUCUCGUCGAGAAACCUUGUUAAGUGACCUAGCUAAUAAACAAAAUGCCUUCAGGAAUCAAAUAAUAGAGACAGAAAAAGAAAAUGUUGGUAUGAAGCAGGAAAUUGAAAUAUUAAAGAUGGAACUGGAGGCUCGAGUACAACAAGUUCGGAGCUUGGAGGGCAAGUUGUCAAGUGCAGAACACACAACUGAGAUCCUGCGUCAGAAAGUUGGCUACUAUGAACGAAGCAAGCAAACUUUAGAAUAUAAGUUGGAUGAAAAGAAAAUGUUGCUGAGUCAAGGAGAGCAAGAGAAACAGAAAAUCCGUGAACAGAUGGAGGAUCGGCUAGUUACAGAACGAGGAAGGAUGAGGAGAAUUAUGGAACGAAGACUUGCAGAAAAACAGGCAGAACUUGAGGCUAAGAUGUGCCUGACUGGUGAGAAAAUCCAGCAGUUAAGAGAGAUUCUGAAUUCCCAGGAAGACUGGGAGUUUUUGUUAGGUGAAGGCUUGGGUCCUCGGCUCGUGUCAUCUAGAUCUGAACCUCGCUUGUCCCAUGGAGCAGCUGCUACGUCUGGAAGUCAGAAUACACCUGUUUCAACUCCUCAGUUAGACACCAGGUUGAACAUGGAGCAAACUUCAGCACCUUUAAAGAGUGUGGCAGUGGCCAAUCCUAGACACAGGCGGUCACGAUCUUCUGGAGGGGAGAAAUGGAUUGAUCAUCGUCCACCAGGGAGCCUAGAAUAUGGCACUGUGUUGCAACCCAACAUGAAAAAGAAAAAAUCAGUUAGCAAGUUGGAAACUAAAGAUAUAACUGGGAGAAAUGCAGCACAAGGAUAUGUAUUGACGCAUCAAGAACAAGAUAUAGAUGGGGAUGUAGAAACAAAGUUGUACAAGGGAAAUGUAGUGCCCUCUUCAGGUGGUGGAGCUCAAGUGAUAUUUGAUGAUGUUGAAAUUUUGAAACAAACUUCUCCUACUCAUCCUUAUCAAUUAAGGAAACGCAGCUUUGAAGGUUUCACAACAGAAGAUGUACAAAAGAACUGUGCUGUUAGUGUUGAAGGCCAUAAAAAACCUCCUACAGGACUGAUAUCAGCCAAGAGAAUUAAAUACUGAAGCUGAGACUAAGAAAGAAAUCCACUUUGAAAUGAAUAAAGAUACCUGGAAGAGAAUGACAGUGUAACAUCUUUACACAAACAGGUCUUUGGGAUCAAAUGUGCUUGAAAUCAGUGUAGUACCCUAAGUUGCUUAAAAUUUACUUGUAUCUGUCAUUAUUCUUUUUUUUUUUUUACUGCAUGUUUAUCCAGUCAGCUUUCAGCAUUGUAAGUAGAACAACUGUAGAAAAAAUAAGCCAAUCAAAAUUAUUACUGAGAUUCAAAAAUAUCACGAAACAUUCCAACAGGCUCCUGUGAAAUAGAUCUUAUCAUAAUCUUAUAUAAACUUAUUUUUAGUGCUGCAUAAAUCAAUUAGGUAUAUUAGUGCAUGUCUUUUUAAAAAAAUUAUUACCACGAGUCAUUUUCUUGAAAAUAUGAAAGUAACCUUGAAUUAAAAUAACUAUAGAAAUUAAAGAAGAUCAUAAUUUAUAGUUGUAGUGAGUAACAGACAUAUCCCUUUUUAAUACAGAAAUUAAAGAAGAUCAUAAUUUAUAGUUGUAGUGAGUAACAGACAUAUCCCUUUUUAAUACAUAAAUUAAAGAAGAUCAUAAUUUAUAGUUGUAGUGAGUAAUAGACAUAUCCCUUUUUAAUACAGAAAUUAAAGAAGAUCAUAAUUUAUAGUUGUAGUGAGUAACAGACAUAUCCCUUUUUAAUACAGAAAUUAAAGAAGAUCAUAAUUUAUAGUUGUAGUGAGUAACAGACAUAUCCCUUUUUAAUACAUAAAUUAAAGAAGAUCAUAAUUUAUAGUUGUAGUGAGUAACAGACAUAUCCCUUUUUAAUAGUAUAUUUUUAUACAUAAAGUUGUAAAUAACCAAACUAAAGAUGGCGUUAAAACCUUGUGUAUUAAUAUGUAUAUAUAGUAUGGGUGUUACAAGCUUUUGAGACAGUUAAUUUCUCUCUUCUUUUUAAUUACUACUUGUUAAUAAGUGCAAAAUUAUUUUAAUAUACAAACUUUCAAGAAUGAAUGUGUUUUAAUAUUCAGCCAAAUUAAACACCCUGUUCAAAGUAAUGUGUGUGUAACUGUAGCUUGUCUUUCACAAAUACUGGCUUAAAUUCACAGCAAUAUUUCUGUGUAAACCUCUCUUUAGAAGCAUCAUAGUACCUUCCUGUUAACGUUUUAUGAUUUCUGUCUAUGUUCUCAUCAUUAACAAAAAUUCAUUACAUGAUCUUUUGCUUUUUUAUACAGUCUUUACCUUUGAAAAUGUUUUUAGUUUGUGUAAAGUUAUGUUUUAACAAAGACUGGUCAUUGUUUUUUAGUGUUAUUUUUGUUACGUAUUUAAUAAGAACAUAUUUAGAAUAUGAACGAAAGGGAACGUGAACGAUUGAGUAGUUUUCUCUAACAAACCAUGUACCAGUAGGUAAAAA